CACUGUAGAUCAUAUAUUAGCACAAAACAAUUUGCAGCAUGAGAAAUGAAGUUAUUGAUGAAUAGAACAAGUAUCUAAGUAAAAUUAAAAAUGAUGGUAGGAAAAUUGAUACUGGUAUAAAAAGAAGGGUGAGAUAAGUACUGUGAUAUUAAAGGUAAGGUGGCAGUUAAUUGGAGGAAGAGGUAAGGAAAGAAAAAGCAGGUUGACAAGACACGUGGAAGAAGGAAGACCGUCAGAUGAAAGCAUGCAAAUAGUAGCCGGAUAUUGAGAUGAGGGCAAUAACAGUAUUCCGUAAGAAAGAAAGAGGGAAUUGCUUGGAAUUGGAAACACCAAACAUCCACAUUUGUUUUUAAAAUGAAUCAAGAAACAAACAAAUAAAAUCCAAAGAAUUGUACUGUACUAUUUGUUGAUUAUAAUAAAAGGGUAAUUAUAAAUGAUAUGAUCAGCUUUAAGAAGAGAGAGAGAAAUAAAGAGAGUAGCAGAGUACUAUAGUGCAGCAGUAGUAGUAAUACUCCAAAGAAAGAGAAAGAGAAAGAGGAGAGAUACUCUAGAGUAAAAAUUGUUGUUGGGAAGGGAAGGUGUCUAAUUCUAUGGCGGCGUAGCAGAGCUGUCUCAAUAAAAAAAAAUGUCUCAUCUUUCUUCUUAAAUGUUUCCUGAUUAGCGCUGCUUCUCUUCUGACUUUCUUUCUCCUUCCAUUUACUUAACCUAUUCUAUUCCUUCUUACUUUCUUUCUUUUUUUUUUUUUUUUUCUUUUACACCCUCAUAAACAAACAAACACCCACUGUUAACCAAACAAGCAUCCAAAUCCACCCCUUUGUUUUAGGGUAAACAUAAUUUUCACUAAACAGUGAUCUGCCCUUGAUAAUUUUUUUUUAUUUAUAAAAAUAAGCUUGUAUUGAUAUUUGAAAGAGGUUAUGGAGAGUUUUGUUGAGAAAUUGAGGGUAGGGGAGACCAAAUUAUGGCUGAAUAUUUCUCACUAGGGACUGGAGGAAACAACAACAAAAACAUAAAUUACAGGAAUGAGCAAAUCCCUAAUAAUAAUAAUAAUUACCAGCAGCAUGAAAAUAAAUUAUCAACAGAAGAGCUGUGGCAACACCUUCCUUGCUCGGAAUUAAGGAUCGCACCGACGGAAGAUGGUGGAGAUGAGACAACGAGAUCUGGUUUAAUGAUGAUGAGAAUGAGUAGUACCAGUGGUGCCGCUAAUAUUAGCUGCCAAGACUGCGGCAACCAAGCUAAGAAAGAUUGUGUCUAUAUGAGAUGUAGGACCUGUUGCAAAAGCCGUGGAUUUGAUUGUGCUACUCAUGUCAAGAGUACCUGGGUCCCCGCUACUGUUCGCCGGGAACGCCACCAGAAACUUCUCCAGCAACACCCUCAGCAGCAGCAAGACCAACAACAGCAACAACACUUGAGAGGUGCGAAUAACCCAAAGAGGAGAAGAGAGAAUUCUUCUACCUCUUUUUUUUGCACCCAAUUGCCCAUCACUACUACUACUAAUACUAACACCGCCUCUUUUUCAGCAGGUAUGGAAGUUGGAAAUUUCCCGACAGAAGUGAACUCGUCGGCGGUGUUCCGGUGCGUAAGGGUGAGCUCAGUGGACGAAACGGAUGAUGAGUAUGCAUAUCAAACGGCAGUAAACAUUGGAGGACAUGUAUUCAAAGGGAUUCUGUAUGAUCACGGAGUUGAUCAUUCUCACCAAGUUAAUACUCCAAGCCCCAACUAUGGUGCUGCUGAAACCUCUUCCGGAGCUAACCUUGCUGCUUCCAUGGGUGUUCCCGCUUCUAUCUCGGCUAUGCCUACUUCAUCUUCUUCGCCUCCAGUCGGGUAUUUAGACCCGUCUUACUACCCGCUUCCUCUCAACACUUACUUGGGUCCGGGUACGCCAUUCUUCCCCAACCCAAGACCUUAGAAUAUUAAUCUAAGCUGCCCAAAUAAACAUACAACUAUAUGCAAUAUUAUAUGGACUUUUCUUAUGUUUCUUGCUAUUAAAUCAUUAGCUUCCUUUCUUUCCGCUCUCUACUCACUCAUACAUUGGUGAAAUCCGGUGAUGAUCUUAGUUUUAUUGGGAAUUGUUUUUGGUAAAGAUAAAUUGAAUAGGUAAAGCCUAGAGCAAGGGAAGAAGAAUACAUGAUAUGAUAUGGGUUGUUAUUAUAUUUAUCAAGGUUUAUUUUGUUUUUGUAUGUCAAUGUCAUCCAUUUAGAAUAUCAUCUAUUUUUAAUUUGUUAUUGUUAUAAAUAAAAGCAUGUAAUUGUAUCAUUCUUGCUCUGUAACAACUCUCUAUUGAAUACAUAUAUAGUUAGGCAAGUAGCUAGGAUGGUUGAUAAGUCUUA